AUGUGCAUAGUUAAAGGACAGUUUGUUAAACGUUUUGAGUUUGAGAGUGUUUUGGAGGGAAAGGGCACCAGGCGAAUUCCAUGGCGAUCUGGGUCAUCAAAUUUAGCCUCGCUGCACAUGUUCAAGGGCGAUAUCAUUGUUGUGAAUUUGUGUCUACCGGAAGCAACGUCCGUCACUAUUAAUGACCUUAUAUACUCCAAUGAUGGUGAAAGCGACAGACUAGAAGUGUUUCUGGACGAUGCAAAUGUUGGAAUUGUGAACACGGAGGCAAACAGUGGUGGGUUAGGGACAUUCUGGGAUAUUUUCAAGUCGUCAGGGCAAGUAGCUGUGAGUCAGGAUUUAUUUCCUGGGAAGCAUACAGUCGCGAUAUCUGUAACAGAAGGAGACUGUUACGGCAGUGAAUUUGACGCUCUGGAAAUAUCUCUAAGUGUCAAUGUCAGUGAGGGACAUCUAUGGUGUGGCUCUGAACUUAAAUACGCCGAGAAGCCGACACCUUGUGCGGAGAACAUUGACAAACCUGAAGUAUUAAAAACUUCACAUCCUCCAAGUCCGGCUACGAAAGAACCCACUGUAACUACAGGGGCACGAACUUCAACUACAGCAGCCCCACAGCCAACCACUCAAACUCGUAGUUCAACCAGAGGAACUUCUACUCCAACCACACACGCUUCUCGUCCAACAACGUCAGCGCCUAGUUUGACAAUACAAGCGCGAAGUUCAACAACACCAACACCUAGUUCAAUAACACAAGCGCCGAGUACGACAACAACAGCGCGUAGUCCAACAACAUCAAAGCCUAGUUUGACAACACAAGCGCGUAGUUCAACAACAUCAACGCUUAUUCCAACAACAUCAGCGCCUAGUCCAAGAACACAAGCGCGUAGUUCAACAACACAAGUGCCUAGUCCGACAACACAAGCGCGUAGCUCAACAACGCCUAGUCCGACAACACAAGAGCCUAGUUCAACUAGAGCACCUCAGCAAACUUCAUUAGAACGUAAGCCAACUAAGCAAGCUCCUCGUCCAACUACAACAACACCUUUAGCUAUUGCAGAAACAACAGAUACUCAAACGGAAGCAAUCCCGGUUCCUGAUACUAUAAACAGCUUAGUUUUGAGACAACAUGCAAAGACGAUACAAACGUUAACAUUAAAUUCAACCCAUCCGUUUUCCGAAAUACGAAAGUCAUUGCAAGAGAAGUAA